GGUGAACUCUGGCUUGCUGAAGGUGAGUGGUAAAAGUUGUUGACUGUUUUGGUUUUGAGUUUGGUUUUAGUUUUCAUGGUUUGUUUUCUGUGUGUUGAAUGUAAACUAACGUCUCGUAAUAGUUAUUACCAAAUGAAGAGAGACUGUUGGCAACAAUGAUGUCUAUUAUUCCCGUAGUGUCAAUUGUCUGCCUCUGUUGUUUCGAGUCGCGCGCUACCAACAUAAAUAAUACGGUAAAGAUUAACAUGGGUGGAAAGAGAGAGAGUCCAUCACCAUAAAUCGUCAUGUUCUUGUUUUACACAAACGAUAGUUUUAGUAGUUAAACUGUACUAACUUCAAAUCGUGUUACAACGCAGUCAUAAGAGUUAUUAUCGAUCGUCGUUCGAUUACAGGGCUGAAUGACCUGUUUAUCUAAUGUGGUCUUGUACCAUGCAACAGUGCGUGUUGGAAACCCUUUUAGAAGUGAUAACGUGGGGAAAACGUAUCCAGUGCCCAUUUAGCAAUGCAUUUGGAACUUUAAUUAGUUUUAUAAGUAGCACCAAUGUCGCCCUCUAAGUUUUUUUUUCUUGUUUUGAAAGAUCCAAAUAGCUAACACAACCUCUGCAUGUCUUGGAAAGGAUGCAGUUGUGCCUCAACUCACAAUUGAUGUUAUUGCUGGCUGUCCCUCAUGAAAUAUGAUGGGGGAAAUUAUGACCCUUAGGCCUAUGUGUUUUGCCACUGUCUACAGUCAAGGCCAAAGACCAAGAUUAUUACUGUGAAGAGAAAGUAGCCAAUUUGACAGUUUCUACUAGCUAAUUUAGACGCAGUCUUUGUUGCAAGAUUGCAUGUCCCUGAGAUUUCUCUUGGUUAGUGUGUCUGCUCUGGAACCCAGCACCAUAGACAAGAUGACUAGUUCACAAGCACCUUGGUGCAUAUUUUCCAUAUUUGGUGUGCAGUAGUUGGGUGUGGUGGGUUGACUCUUGACUGGGGUGUGGCAUAGCACCCCACAAGGAUAGAUAUACUUGGUUUCCUCCCCCACCCUUUAAGAUUCACAACUGUCCGGAGGUACUGUAGGAGAGGUAUGUUGUGUGCUGUGCAUUAUCGCAUGUGUUGGAUUCAGCUUGUUUGUGUGACAGCAGUUUUAAUGUGGCCUCUUUAUUACAAACUAGGCCUACACAAAUGCUUUUGGUGUUUAAGAUAGUUGGCUAGUUGUGGCUGUGUGUGAGUGUUUACAAAGUUCUUUCCCUCCUGUAUAAAGUGUCUCUGGUAUGUUCGCUUAGUUGCCCUCUGACUUUUGCAACUGUAUCAGGACCCGAAUAAGUUGUGAUGUGUGUGAAUGCAUGGCUACCUCCACGUUUCACUCUGGUCAGUUGUGUGACAUCCAUACAGGUUGUACACAACAGGACACGGAUUGAGUCACAAAAGAAGACAGAACUUGUGUCAACAUCUGAGCUGUGUCUUUUUCUCUGCACUUAUGCUUGUGUGUUCAUCAUCAACAAAAUUAUAUAUAUUUUAAAGGUUUUCUUUUGCCAUUUGCAGCUGCAUGAAUCAGAGUUGUUCCAAGCAGGUCUUGAAAUGCAUUGUCUAAUUUCACUCCUUCUUGUUUUGCAGAUGGAAAGCGGUCCUUCGCAUUUAAUACGGAAGCGUAAAGCCGCAAGUAUGUACCAGAUCGUACAGGGCACGGUAGGGGACCUGUACCCUGGUACCUUCGUGAAGCCGCCCAAGCAGAAGAAAUGGGGUCGUCAGGGGCGGCCCAUGGUGCUGGCCACCGUACUGGGGGUGGUGCUGGUGAUGGCCGCCAUCGUGGCCUGGUGCUACUACACCAUCUCCCUGCGCAGGGCAGAGAUCCUCAAGGCGGAGCUGCUGGACCUGAAGAAGGACGGCUUCACCAUACGGAACCAGGGCGGCGAUGUCAUCUUCAGAAUGUUUUUCAGGUCUGGAUCCCUGGACCUGGACUCUUGCUCCAAAGAGAACGGCAUCCUCCACUGCGACCAGUCCGAGGACGGCAGGAGGCUGAACUUCUUCGUGCAGACGGUGCGGCCGAAAGACACGGUGAUGUGCUACCGUGUGCGCUGGGAAGAGCUGGAGGAGGGCCGCUCGGUGGAGCACGCCAUGUCCUUCAACGGCUCGCACUGGUACGGGGGCGCGGAGCAGGCGGUGCAGCGCUGGCCCAUCUCCGUCGAGGGCCAGGUAGCGCCGAAACCCUUCAUCACCGGAGACGUUUACUCCAACCGCCAGGACUUCGGGAGCAUACUGGAACGCUACUGGCUCUCGUCCAACGCCACGGCCAUUAAGAUCAACGACUCUGUGCCUUUCCACCUGGGCUGGGAUGACGAGGCCAAGGUCCUGCGCUUCCAGGCCAGGUAUAACGACAGCCCAUACAAAGUGCUACCCGAACAAGAGGUUCACGCCGAGCUUAGCUACCGCGUGUGUGUCGGCAGAGACGUGACGUCCAUACACAAGUACAUGGUGCGGCGAUACUUCAACAAACCCUACAAGGUUCCGGCGGAGGCGGUGUUUCGGCACCCGGUCUGGUCCACGUGGGCCUACUACAAGACGGCGGUGGACCGCGAGAAGCUGCUGAUGUACGCGUCGGACAUCCAGAGGUACGGCUUCAACUGCAGCCACCUGGAGCUGGACGAUCGCUACACCAGCGGCUACGGCGAGUUUGACUUUGACGCCGACAAGUUCCCCAACGUCUCCACCAUGUUCCAGAAGCUGAAAGACGACGGCUUCCAUGUCACGCUGUGGACGCACCCCUUCGUCAACUACGACUCGGCCAACUUCGACGUGGGCGUGAAGCGGGAGCUGUUUGUGCGCGAGCCCAGCGGGCAGCUCCCCGCGCUGGUCAGGUGGUGGAACGGCAUCGGCGGCGUCGUGGACUUCACCAACCCCGAGGCACGCGAGUGGUACGCCUCUCACCUCCGCGCCCUGAAGACCAAGUACGGGAUCGCCUCGUUCAAGUUCGACGCCGGCGAGACCGACUACCUGCCCAAGCAGUUCAGCACCUUCGCGCCUUUGCACGACCCCAGCACCUUCACGCGCCGCUACACCGAGAUGGCCAUCCCCUUCAACGACCGCGCCGAGCUGCGCGUCGGCUACCAGUCCCAGAACAUCUCCUGCUUCUUCAGGCUCAUCGACCGCGACUCCGUCUGGGGCCACGACCUCGGCCUCAAGUCCAUCAUCCCCGCCGUGCUCACCAUCAGCAUCUUGGGCUACCAGUUCAUCCUGCCGGACAUGAUCGGGGGCAACGCCUACCCCAACCGCACCCUGGUGGGGGGGUCGUCGGCGGAGGGGGGGCUGCCGGACCGAGAGCUUUACAUCCGCUGGCUGGAGCUGUCGGCCUUCAUGCCGGCCAUGCAGUUCUCCAUCCCGCCCUGGGCCUACGACGACGGCGUGGUGGAGAUCGCGCGCAAGUUCACGGCGCUGCACGAGACCCUGGUGGCGCCGCGGGUGCUGGAGCUGGCCGGGGAGGUGCUGGACACCGGAGACCCCAUCAUACGGCCGCUCUGGUGGAUCUCCACGGACGACGAGGCCGCCUACAAGAUCGACUCGCAGUUCCUGAUCGGGGACGACCUGAUGGUGGCGCCGGUGCUGGAGCCGGGGAAGCAGGAGAGGGACAUCUACCUGCCCGCGGGCCGCUGGCGGAGCUACAAGGGCGAGCACUUUGACAACAUGAAGGGGCCCGUGUACCUCACCGACUACCCUGUGGAUCUGGAUGAGAUUGCGUACUUUGUGUGGACAGCCUAGUUAUGGGAGAGCCGCGCAUUAAACAUUGUUUGAAUCACACAGGGUCUACAAAAGAGAAUCGUACAUUAUACAUUUUUUGGAGAAAUGCAUCUGGUAGUAUGCUUUCUCAGGCUUUAUAAUGAGCCUGACGAAGGAUAUUGCGAAACGCAUUGCUCAAGAAAAAAAUUGAAUAGCGUGUGUGGUGAACCUCUUCUUUUUUUUGCAGAAGCUGUGAACCUGUCACCAGCACCCUGUGUCAAUGCACUGUUGGCUGUGCACAGGGAUUUGUUUAUGUACUGUGUGAUCUAGUUCUUGCCAAACACAAGUCCAUUCCGUAACAUGCUAACGGAUAUGUUUUUAAUAAUUAUUAUUAUUCUUGCCAUUCUGUGACUUAUUGCCUUGUACCAGCAUCCUACUGAAAAGCCAAAUUAUUGUUAGUGAUGACACUCCGUUCGGUGACACUUUACUUGACGCCGGUGUCAUAUGCAUGUCAUUAGUGUCAUAAUCAUGUUAUGACACAGUCAUAGAUAAGUCAUAAACAUUAUGUCCAUGUCAUAAACAUUUUAUGACUGUUGGCCUUAAGUGACAUUCGGUUAUGGCGAAGACAACCUAGGGUAACCGAAUGUCACUUAAGGCCAACAUUCAUAAAAUGUUUGACACGGACAUAAUGUUUAUGACACGUGCAUAACUGUGCCAUGACACUGUUAUGACACUGUAAUGACAUGCAUAUGACACCGGCGUCAAGUAAAGUGUUACAUUCCGUUCUAAUGACAUUAUCUUGAGAAUGUCCAGUUCUCUGAUCUAGAAUAUUUGGUGCCCACCAGUCCUUCCACUUUGUCCUCCAUCUUGGUGAUGGCACUGUGUUCCAAUGACAUUGACCUCGUUUACAUGAUGUUAUUAAUUCCAAAUUCUGAAUUCCGAAUUAAAUACCGGUAGUUCUGUUGAGUUUACAUUGCACUUUCAUUUAAUUCUGUAGUGUGAAGUGUUAACAUGAUGUUUACAAAGCAGAAUUAAGAGUUAAUUCUGAAUUCAAUGUCUUAUGUAAACGAGGCCAUUGUGUAGUUAGUUUCCAGUCCUUGAUAACUUCUGUCUUUUGCCUGGGGACUGGAUCACCAACUAGUGCAUUUGAGUUUAGCACACAGAUUCUGAAAUUUAAGAAGUUGAAACUUUGAAAAGAUAAAUGUAGUUGAGACGAAAUUGCCAAGUCAUCUUGGUGUGUGCGCCCCUACUGUGUUCAAUAGCUAUUACUUCAGCAAGAAAGCUGAUCUUGAACUGGUAUUUAGACAGAUACAAUUUAUGAGGCCCCUAAUUUGAAGUUAUUGUGCCAUACAUUUUCAGGUGUCCGGAAGCAGGUGUUUCUUGUUCCCUGUUGUGAUUAAUGGAUAUAAUAUUCUGCUGAAGUUUGGAAAUACCUCAUUCUGUGUUUGUCUUAAUUCAGCUUUACCCUUGUUUCCCGUCUAAACUUUCAGUUUUCACCUUUUAAUCAUUUGUUUUGCUUCCCUAAAGAACAAAAUCUGGGAAAGGGAUGUCAUCCGCAAGUGUACUGGCAGCAACUUUUUUUGUCGUCAAAAUAUUGUGAUUAUUAAAGUUGCUGUAGCUCCAGGGGAAACGGGCUAUUUAUGUUUUGAAGAAACUUUUGCCAUGCUGCACUCCUGCCUAAUGUCUGUGAAUUGCUGUAUCCAUUUAUGCGUCCAUACUGACCUUAACUGUACUGUAUGCAUGGGAUGACAAGGAAGAAAGGGAAUUGUGCGUAUUAAUGAUUUCUUCUUCUCUGUAUUAUUUUGUUUUGGUUUCUUUUUUUUAUUGUUGUGGGAAGACAAUGGUGGGGGAUAAGGAGGAAGACCUUGCACUGGACAAAAUACUCCCAGAACUGUGAGCUUAUGUAGCCUUCAUCUUAUGAUUUGUUUAAAAAAUAGUGUCUAAAAUAUGCAAUCAUUGUUGGGUACUCGAUGUAGAUGAAGGCU